UUAAAAGUUUUUUAAAAAACAAAACAAAAUUGUAAAGAAUUUUUUCUUAAAUAAAAAUGAAACUAAAAUAAACAAAAUUUUGAAAAUUGAUAAGAAUAAAAAAUAAAUUUAAACAAUUUAGACAAGUGUUUAAAGUUGUGAAAACAACAAACAGUAAUUUAGCAUUUUAACACACCAAGGAUUAGUGUUUUGUGCUAAAACUGUUUUUAACAAAAAGUGGAAUUAAGAAGUAAAAAAAGUGGAAUUGAAAAAAAGUGUUUCUUGAGAAAAAAUCACUUUAAAAGAAAUUAUAUUUAAAUGUCUAACUAAAAACAAAAACCAAAAAAGAAACCCUUUACCCCUUAAUAAAAAAAUUUAAUUUUUUUUUAAAUUAAACUUAUAACGCAAAAAUGCCUAAAAUAUUUUUAAUCAAAAAUCGUCUGCAUCAGCAGCAACAACGUUUAUUGGAAUCACAAAAUCUAUUACAACAUAAAAACGAUGAUGAUCGUUUGGUACCACCACUUAGUCCCUCCGAACGGCAUCAAAAUAAUACAUCACAUUCACCCACACCCUCACCCUAUUGUCCAGCCUCACCACCACCACCACCAGAACCAUUAGCAACACAACCACCACGUUCACCUGAACCUCAGGAUUUUAGUAAUGAAAGUCCCAGCUCAAGCCUUAACAACACCUCAGAUUCUUUAAAGGCUUUACAUAUACACCAGCAUCAAUCCCGCUCUCGUUCACAUUCACCUUAUGAUAAAGUUCUUAAUUUAAAUAAGAAUGAUCAGCAGCAAUUGGUGGCUGAGGAAGAGGUGGAUGAUGUUGAGGAUCAACAGCAACAGCCCUUAAGUUUGGUCUCAAGUCUUACGUAUUUGGGUCGUAAACGUUUUCAUCAGUAUCAUCAGCAAUUGUUGCAAAAUCGUAAUUUGAAAAAAUUGGAAAAUGAUCAAAAGCAGCAACAACAACAACAACAACAGCAAGAACAACAACCAGAACAUCAAGAAGAGAAUUUGGAUAAGGAAAAGGAAGAGUCAGAAGAAGUUGGUCCUAUUUCUUUAACCACCGAACACGAUAGAUUAUCACCCGCAGCAGCAGUAUCACCCACCGCUUCCACCACCACUUUACCAUUGAAUUGUUCGCGCAAUUCUACGGCAUCACCUACAUCUACAGCCUCUUUAUCACCUGCCUCAUUAACACAAACAUUAAACACCUCCUCCACCUCUACGACUUUACUCAAAGACUGUCAAGUUUCUAAGGAAACUUUUUGUAAUUACAAAUCAGAACCAAAGCCCGAUAAGGAAUCAGAAGAAACACCCAAAUCUGCCUCACCUAAACAUCGUUAUAUUAACUCUUAUCUAGGUGCAACAACUGCUCAAAAUAGCAACAACCACAACAACAACAACAACAACAGCAGUAAGUCAUUGAUUGGUGGUGUCAUCUUAACCUCAGCUCAACGCAAAGAAUAUCCUGUGGAAAUUGUACAACAAAUACAACAACAGCAACAACAAAAAGAUCUUGAACAAUCUAGAGAAUCGUUUGAGGAAAAUUCCGAUUCAGAUAGUGAUUCGGAUGAUGGUUCAAAAUUGAUUGUCGACGAAAAACCUUUAGUGCCCGAAGAACAACCCUUGUCAUUGCGUGUACGUUGCACACCACCACCAGAAGAUCAAAGACCCUCACCUCCUCCGUGUCCGGAGCCAGCCGUAAGGUGUAGUGUUAUACAGAGAACACCCGCCAACGAAGCAGAAAACCAAAGACGUUCCCACGAAGUUCUAUUGCCUUUGGCCAGUUUAGAACAUUUGGGUCCCGAACAACAAGAACCCAUUGAUUAUCACGUACCUCGUAGAAAAUCCUCUUUGGACAACGACGAGGAACAGUUGUUGAAUGCCAAACGUUUGGAGCGUGAACGUAAAUUAAGAGAAGCCAGACGUCGUAGUGCUCUAUUGGCUGCUCGUACCAUUUUGGCUCAAGCUCGCCUUAAUCCUCGUUUUGUGCGCUCUUUACCAGGUAUUUUGGCCGCAGCGGCAGGACACGGUCGCACUACGUCAGGUUCAGGUGGCAGUAAUCAAGGACAAAGUUUCCAGGGUGGUUUUGGCAGCAACUCAGGCUCUGGUUCCCAGCAAUCGGCCAGCGGCGGAGGUUCUCCUACCGGUUUUAGUGGUUCUGGAGGAUUAAGUGGCGGUUCAGGUGGAGGCAUGGGCGGAGGACGUGAUGGCAGAGGCAAUUAUGGCCCCAACUCUCCUCCCUCGGGAGCUUUACCUCCUUUCUACGAGUCUCUUAAAAGUGGUAAUGCCAUGAAUGGUUCUUCUUCUAGCAAUUUUAACGGCUCUCCCAAUUCAACGGCCACUUCGAACUUUUUGCUGCAAAACGCAGCCGCUUAUUUAAUGUCGGCCGCUGGUAGUGGUGGUGUGAGUGGUUCACAACAAUUUUCCGGUUCAGGGGGUGAUACCUUAGGUGGCGGUUCUUCGGUGUUGGAUCAAAAUACUUCUUCUGUCUCCAGCAUGCUCUUCCACAAUGGUCACGGUAAUAAUUCUCUUCCUUAUAGUUCUUUAGCUCACUGUGCUAAAUAUAAUCAUCCUUCUUCUCCUUCUUCGGCCUCUUCGCCGCAACAUUUUCCCUCCUCUGCGACGGCGUCUGCUUCUAAUCCUCACCAUCCUCACUUGCCCUAUGGUCCCAAUCCCUCAGCUUAUGGUAUUAUACUAAAAGAUGAGCCCGACAUAGAGUACGAUGAGGCUAAGAUCGAUAUAGGAGCUUUUGCUCAAAAUAUUAUACAAGCUACCAUGGGGAAUUCGGGUAAUUUUAAUGCAUCAGCUUAUGAAGAUGCUAUUAUGAAUGAUUUAGCUUCAGCGGCUCAGGGAGCUAAUGGUUCGGUAGAUCCUCUACAGUUCACUGCCACUCUCAUGUUGUCCUCACAAACGGAUCAUUUGUUGGAACAGCUGUCGGAUGCCGUAGAUUUGAGUUCAUUUUUGCAACGCAAUUGUGUGGAAGAUGAGAAUUCCACCUCACCGAGACAAGAUUUUGAGCUGGUCUCAACACCGUCUUUAACACCAGACUCGGUUUCCAUUACCCCCGUGGAUUGCCACAAUAAUGGCAGCACACAAUUGGAUACUUUCCACGAGAGUCUUAUGCAACAAUUGACCAAUAACAUUAGUCGUACACACAACAAUAAUUCCUAUAAUAAUUUCGAUCGUCAGCCCAAUAGUUUGCAGCCGCAACAGCAACAAAAUCCACCACCUUCGUAUCAACAUGCCACUCGCGAGAUUAUGCAGAUGCAACAGCAUCAUCAACAACAACAGCAGCAACAGAAUUAUCAUCAGUCAAAUCAACAACAAUCACCUUUAAAUUCUUUAAUAAAUCAAAAUUCUCUCUUACUGCAACAACAACAGCAACAACAAAAUGGUUAUCACAACUCACACCAAAACCAACAAUAUAAUACUUUACAACAACAACAACCACAUAACCACCUUAAUCAUCAUCAAUUGCAACAGCAUCAAGCACAUCAUCAACAACAGCAACAGUUACAACAUCAGCAACAACAACAACACCAUCAGCAACAUCAUCAUCAACAACAACAGCAUCAACACUUGCAUCAUCAUCACCAUCAUAUGCAUCAUCAACAUCACAGUGAUAACAGUAAUUUAUCACUACCCUCACCAAAUGCAACAUCUUCAUCGAAUCAUACCUCCUCCACCUCUGCAACAACAACUGCCAACGGUCAUUUAUUGAUUGCCUCUCAAGGUCAUCAUCCUAUGUCUUCAGCCGCCAGUAAUACAUCAUCGGGUUCUGCAUCAGCUCUCUUAGAUACAUCAUUGCUGGACACAAAACCCAUCAUACAAAGUGUAAGUCCAACAUAUUCUAACGUCUCCGCCAACUCCACUACAUCAAACUCCUCUUGUCCUUAUGGUUUAAAGGAGGAAUGUAGUGCUGCUGGUGGUGCUACAAAUUGUUCUACCACUAGUGGUAUUAGUACUUCGUCGUCUCCUUCCUCUGUUUCCACAUUAUCGUCGUCGUCUUCGUCGUUUAGUUCAUUAAAGAAACAACAACAGCAACAUCAUCAACGUUCAUUGGUCGCCUCAAUGGCGGUCAGUUUAAAUACUCUACCGACAUCGCCUACUGUUGCAAUGUUGCAUGAAAGCAAAGUGCUUCAGCAACGGUUGGGCCUACCACCCGAGGUACAAUUGGAAUUUGUCAAUGGCGGACAUGGCAUUAAGAAUCCUCUAGCCAUUGAAAAUACCCAUGGUCAUCAUCAUCAUCGUAUGCGUAGCAUUGAUUGUAUAGAUGAUUUGAAAAAACCCACCUCCUCCAUAUUGCCCGAUAACUCAGCUAUCAUAAUGAAUGGAGGUUCACCCACCAAUAAUAAUUGUAAUAACUCGAAUUCCUCCAGCAUUAAUAGCAAUGAUCAAAGUGAACCUAAUGGUAAAUUUGUAUGUCGCAUUUGUUUAAAAGCCUUUUCACUGCAACGUUUACUAAAUCGUCAUAUGAAAUGUCAUUCGGAAAUUAAACGUUACUUAUGCACUUUCUGCGGUAAAGGCUUUAAUGAUACUUUCGAUUUGAAAAGACAUACACGUACUCAUACCGGUGUAAGACCAUAUAAAUGUAAUCUUUGUGAAAAGAGUUUUACACAAAGAUGUUCUUUGGAAUCACAUUGCUUGAAAGUGCAUAGUGUUCAGCAUCAAUAUGCCUAUAAAGAGAGAAGAACUAAGAUGUAUGUUUGUGAGGAAUGUGGUCAUACCACAUGUGAACCUGAGGUUCAUUAUAUACAUUUAAAAGAAAAUCAUCCUUAUUCACCGGCUUUAUUGAAAUUCUAUGAUAAACGUCAUUUUAAAUUUACCAAUUCACAAUUUGCCAACAAUUUACUAGGACAACUGCCUAUGCCGGUGCAUAAUUAAAUGUAAAUAAAACAAACAAACUGCCUUUUAAACAACAUUUAAUCAACAAGAACAAAAACUCCGAGAUUAUUAAUUAUUAUUAUUUUAUAAACAUUUACAAAUAUUUAUCUUUUUUUGAU